AAUGUACACGCUCUUGCGGUCACCAAAGACAAAUAAAGUGGCUUCGAUAACACUCGUUUCAUUCAACUUCUGCUGAGCAGAGCAACAGGAAAUGAUGCAUAUUAAACCCUUUGUUCUGAGUCUCCUCUUACUAAUGCAAGCAUGUGGACCACUUUUGGCCCAGACAGCGACCCCAACAGAGCCUGACUCUCCAGGGAUACUGCAGAAGCUGGCAGAGAAGGCCAGGGCAGCCAGAACGAGAUUCCGCGAUUUGGGGGAUCUGGCUCUAGGCUUCGCUGGUGCUUUCUAUGAAGAUCACAUCCAACCAGUGACUGACAGCUAUGCUCAAUGGGCCUCUGAUGUCAAAAGCUCUGUGUGGGAGAAGAUCCAGAUAACCAUUGACGACUACACACCGUUUAAAGGAACAAGUCCAACCGAGCCCCCUCCUCUAAACUGAAGAAACACAUCAAGUCUGAAUAUUUCAUUUGAUUGAUUGUAAAACACAGAAUGAAUCAAACUAAUUCACAAUAAAGCGCCAUGACACACCUCC